ACUACAUCUCAUCGACAAUUUCUUUUGAAUAAUCGAUGUCCACUUCGCCAGCCUCACCAUUGUUAGGAAGAGCGUCGUUGGAUAUGAGGCGGCAAGGGUUGGAAGUUGCUGGAACCUCUGUGGAUGGUAACAGAAUAACUUCAGAGAGUUUGUUGAGGAAUGCUUCCAGGGCCCACCACCACCGACGUUCGAGUAGUCAAGCAGUAAGACUACUCCGUCAGGAAAGUACUCGGGUUCGAAACAACGUAGUAGAUCGUUUUCAACGAGACUUGUUACCAGCUGGGAGGCUUCUUACAGUUUUAUUGGUUACGAGCGAGCUAACAGCUGAAUUGUUGGUCCUGAUAUUCAGUUGGAACAAGAGCUGUGACCGCCCUUUACACUUUUGGAUAUGUGUUUUAAUAUUUAUACAGUUGUUUUCCCUUGUCUUGAAUCUGGUGGGUUCUCGUUACUCUAGGGUUUUUGCUUCUUUGGAAAGUCUUUCUCAAGAAGAGGGAACAAGACACGAAACAGGCUCUUCUUCUGGAGUAUUUUUUCGUGCGGAAAAUAUUUAUCGUGGGUUUCCUAGUGGAUCUUCUGAAAUUGAAGAGACGGAAAGUCUCGAGGAAAGUGGAAAUACCAUUUUCGAGUCCAUGUAUCACAAUGAGUUAGUGUCCCGUUGGUUGCGUCUGUUGAAUGCCUUUUACUUGGUAUGGUUUAUUGUUGGAUCUAUUUGGUUAUCGGAGUGUGAAACAUGUAACAAAACCGCCCCCCACUUGUAUAGACUUGUGUUGGCUUUAAUAGUUAUAUAUUAUGCUUUACUUGGUCUUCCGUUGGCAUGUUUCUGUUUGAUCAUGUGCUGUUUGCCAUUAUUUAUUCGUUUACUUCUUCCCUAUGCUGAAAGUACACAACGUAGACGUGGUAGGGCAGCCACUGCUGAACAGAUCAACAAUCUUCCAUGUUCUAGCUAUGUGCAUGGUUCCUUUGAAAGAGAAGAAGAUACCAGUUGUGUUAUUUGUCUCACUGACUAUAUUGAUGGCGAUAUGAUUCGUCACUUACCUUGCAAGCAUCAUUAUCAUAAGAAAUGUAUUGACGAAUGGUUAGCUCUGGACAAAUCUUGUCCUCUUUGUAAGAAAGAUAUUGAUUCUAGGGAAGAAAUAGUCUAGUAGUAUUUUGAGAUUGGAAAAAGUUUUCCUAUGGUUGACCAUUUUAUGCUUAACUGUGAAUAGUUUUGGCUUUUAGAAGAAUGAAUUAUUUUGAAUUAUUUUGCAAA